AUGUCUAUUCUUAUGAUAAUUGUGUUUGUAGUAAGCAUCAAAUUCUCUGUAACAACACUAGUUUCUUUUAGAAGUUAUGAUAUCGAAUGGCCAGUCGGUUCCUUAACAUAUUUCAACAGUUUAUACUCUGUAACUAUCAAUGAAGAACAUUUGAAUCGUCAAAAAUUGUGUUCUGGAAAAUGUAAUCUGAUUGAUAAAUCAAAAAGAAUUUUCACAAACUCUUUGAAUUAUCCAAACGAAUGUCACGGAUUAAUUCAAUCUUGUUGGCUUCACCAGAAAAAUGAAAAGAGACAGUCGGCCUGGGAUGAUUAUUCAUUAAUAUUAUACUACAUAAGAAAUUAUCAAUCAAUUAAAGUUCUACGAAAGCGGAUAAAUAAUGCUUUGUAUAAGUAUCAUCAUACUGGUAAUAUUUGCAAAUGUUUAUGUGAACGCACUUAUAAUCCGAAACUUACUCCUCGCGGGCAACUACUCGAUUCUGUUUGUUUCGAUCCAGUUUCAGUCGACACCGGAAAAGUUGCUACAGGAGCAAGGUUUAGAGUUCGAAAGAAUAGAAUUCACCUCGAACUUCAGCAAGGAAUUUUGACAAAUGGAACAAUUGAUCCGCAAACGGUUACAUGGAAGGAAGCUACUGGAUGUAAAUAUUCAAAAAAGGUUGUUUACGAUUUUAGAAACGGUGCAUACAAAAGCUUAAAAAUCACGUUGGAAGAUAUUGUUUUACCGAAUAAUGUGGCCGUGACAGUACACGGACAGCGUAUUGAUGAUGACGGUAACAUCGAUUCGAAUUGGACGAUAACUAAAUCGUCUAUGUGUGGUGGAAAAACAAAAGAUUUAGUUCACGUUUCCAAAGUUCUCGUGGCAUCGACGUCCUUGGUAGGAAAAAAUCUAGUACUCAGCAAAUCAUGCCGACACCAUGUACUGUUUGGCGGAACUUCGGAAAAAUAUGAUAAUAUUCAACACAUAGUUCCGUACAUAGAUUUGCAAGAAGUAACAACAGAUCCUCCGGAACCGUUCAAUGGAAUUGGUUGGUACUAUCGAGGAUUGCCUGGUACAUUUGAGUUUUUCAACAAUAUUCAUGGAAUUAUUAUCGAUGAAGAAAAUUUGAAUGAUGAAAAAUUUUGCACUGGAAACUGUGAUCACUUUGACACAGAAAAUAGGAAUAGAUCGUCUUUUUUGAGAUAUCCAAAUGAUUGCAACGGACGACUGCAUUCUUGUUGGCUUUAUGAAGAAACUCAAAAAAGGAAAGAUGCGUACGCAAAUCACUACUUAACUGCAAUUUCGAUGGGCAAUCGUUACAACGGAUUUUUACAGCAGAAAGUAGCCAAGACUUAUAACACUUUUAUUCAUACUGGGAAUAUUUGUGGCUGCUUAUGUGAACGUUCUUACAACGACAGUUUUACUCCUCGUGGUAAAUUACUCGACUCAGUUUGUCUUGAUCCUGUUGUAGCCGAUGAAGGAAGCGCCGUAACUGGUGUUGGAUUUAUAAGGUACGACAACAGAAUACACAUUCAACUUCAGCAAGGAAUCUUGAUCAAUGGAACAAUUGAUCCAACAACUGUAAAAUGGAAAGUUGAAAGGAAUUGUAAGAAUGCACAAAAAGUGGUGUAUAAUUUUAAAAAUGGUCAAUACGAAGGUUUAAAAAUUGUUUUGGAAGAUAUUAUUCUAAAGGAAAAAACAGUCGUCACAGGUGUUGCAUUUGGACUUGCUGUUUAUGGGCGAGAUAUUGAUGAGUAUGGCAAUAUUGAUCGUAAAAAAGGGACAAAAAUUCAAUUCAGUCAAUGCGAUGAUAUUUCAAGAUAUAAUAUUCAGAAAGAUGACUUUUGCAGAACUACUGAUGUAAUACGUCAACGUCAAAGUCUUCUGCCACCUACUUCAUCUUUUGCGGGUAAUAAAGAAGGCAAAGGUCUAUGCAACUAUCACGUAUUAUUCGGUGGAACAUCAUUCGAGAUGGAUAAAACACAACAUAUCGUUCCUUUCAUAGACAUGCAAGAAGUUGUAACAGAUCCACCGAUGCCAAUUCAUGGAAUUGGUUGGUCUCAUAAAGGUUAUCCUGGCACCAGUGGAUAUUUAUCUUUGAAAAAAUCAACAAUUAAUCAGAUGCUAUGCAUGACUAACAAAUCCAUUGAUGCCCGGAAACAAGAUAAAAAACGUCCAUUCUGCAGCAAGAUUCGUUUAGUAUUGUAUGGGUAUGUCGAAAUCGAGUUAAAUGAUUGCACACGUGGCGUAACCUUAAACGAAUUAUUUAAACGACUGAAAGUGAUGCGUUGA